AACUUUUCUCAAAAGAAGAUGCAUCUUUUGCUCGAGAUCCCUGUGUUUUUUCUUGUAGUCCUCUACUCCUAUUUAGAGGCUCUUGUCAAGCUUUUCAUUCCCGUGAAGGAAAAAUGUGUCAGCGGACAAAUUGUUCUGAUCACUGGAUCCGGCCAUGGGCUUGGGAGAGCCACUGCUUACGAAUUUGCGAGGCGUCAAUGCAAGUUAGUUCUGUGGGAUAUCAACAAGAAUGGCGUUGAAGAAACUGCUGAAGAAUGCAGGAGGCUGGGAGUCACAGCACAUGCUUUUGUGGUGGACUGUAGCAAGAAAGAGGACAUCUACAGCGCUGCAGAGAAGGUGAGAAAGGAGAUUGGUGAUGUGGACAUCUUGAUGAACAACGCCGGGGUGAUCUCCCCAACAGAUGUGCUGUCAACUGAGGAUCAAGCCAUUCAAAAAAUGUUUGAAGUCAACAUCCUUGCUCACUACUGGACCACAAAAGCAUUUCUACCGACCAUGAUGAAGAACAACCACGGCCAUAUCAUCACCGUGGCUUCUGCUGGGGGACACAUAGUGGCUCCAUUCCUCGUGGCUUAUUGCUCGUCUAAAUUCGCUGCAGUUGGGCUUCACCGAGCUCUGACAGAAGAGCUGUCUGCAUUGAAGAAAGACGGGGUCAAGACUUCAUGCAUCUGCCCUAUGUUUAUAAAUUCCGACUUCGUCAAAAAUCCAUCUUCAAGAUUAAUGCCUCCAUUGGAGCCUGAAGAAGUUGCAAGUCAAGCAAUGAAGGGAAUUCUAACCAAUGAGAGCAUGAUUUUCAUCCCACGAUUUCUGAAAGUCAGUGUCAUGCUGGAUAGGUUCCUUCCAGCUCGUGGAGCUAAAGCUUUGUGGAAGCUGAAUAAACUUAAAUUUGAUUUUACCAUUGGAUACAAGGACAAGGAAAACUAAGGGGAUGGGAUUCCUGUUUUUAAUCGCUUUUAACUCUUUGAAGCUUUAAUUCUGGAUAAAACCUAAUCUGUUAGAAAACCUAUCAUACACCUUCUCCUUGUAGCAAGUAGCUCCAUCAACCUAUCUAUGUAUGAAUGGCAUGCAGUGGCGUAGCGUGGGGGGUGCAGGGGGGGGGCCGGCCGCACCGGGCG